CGCUGUGUGUUGCCGCCGAUACCAUGAGGACCGCUGCGGCUUGCCUGGGGGCGUCCUUAUCCCUGUAUGCUGUUCCAUCGCGAGGCUUCCUUCCGCCUGGUAGACCAACGCUUGCGCCUUCUCGAUCCGCGGUUGGAACCGGACAUGGCAGCAGCAGCAGCAGCAGCAGCAGUAGCAGCGCAAGCGCUCGGUCCAGGGGCGGGGGGCUGCACAUGUCCCUGGGAUUGAGAGACGGUGACGUUUUCUGGGCGAAGGAGCUCCGGCUGGGGAUGGAGUACAGCCGGCUAGGGAAGAGCGACCUCGUGGUUAGCAAGGCGUGCCUUGGCACGAUGACGUGGGGGGAGCAGAAUAACGACGAAGAGGCCUUCGAGCAGUGCAACAUGGCCUUCCACGAGUUUGGCGUCAACUUCAUUGAUGCGGCGGAAAUGUACCCGGUGCCACCCAAGCCGGAGACGCAGGGUAGGACGGAGAUAGCCUUGGGAAAGUGGCUCAAGUCCGUCGCGAGGCACAACGUAGUUGUGGCCACCAAGGUGGCCGGUAGGAGCGACAGAUUGACGUGGCUAAGGGACGAUGGGAAAGGCACGAGGGUGAACCGAAAAAAUAUCAUAGAGGCGGUCGACAAGUCUCUCAAGAGGCUUGACACCGACUACAUCGACCUUCUUCAGAUCCACUGGCCGGACCGUGCGGUGCCUUUGUUCGGGGCCAACGAACGCUACGACGUUGCGAAAGAACAAGAUGACGACACAUCCUUCGAGGAGCAGCUGGAGGUCAUGGACGAGCUUUGCCGGGCAGGGAAGGUUCGUGCAAUCGGCACGAGCAACGACACUCCGUAUGGCAUCACCAAGAUGGCGCAGCUUGGCGAGCGAUUGGGCUACCCACGAGUAGCUUCGGUGCAGAACAACUACAACAUGCUCUCCCGCGCGGAUGUGGAGCUGAGCAGCAUGCCGGAGACUUGCUCGAGGGCGAACGCCGAUGUCAGCUACCUCGCAUACUCUCCGUUGGCCGGCGGGGUAUUGAGCGGCAAGUACUUGGAUCCUGAUGUGCCAGUCCCCGACGCCCGGCUGAACAAGUUCCCGGGGUACUAUGCCCGCUACAGGACGCCCGAGUGCAUCGAGUGCACAGCUAGAUACGCCAAGAUUGCCGCUGACAUCGGUCUCACCCCGGCGCAAAUGGCCCUGGCUUGGGUCUACUCGCGCGAGUUCAUCACGUCGACCAUUGUGGGUGCGACGACCAUCGAAUCGCUGAGAGAGAACCUCCGGGCGCUGAACUGUCCCGUCACCGAGGAGGCCCACGAGAAGAUCGUUGCGGUUCAUGAAGAGUUCAGAGACCCCACCAAGACGAAGCGAGAGUUGCUGCCCAAGUUCGUCUUCAACAGCAGCAAGCUGCCGCCGCUAGAGAGAAAUUGA